GUCGCGCGCACGAGCCCGGGCGUCUCGACUCCCGCGCGCUCUCGGCUGGUCUCAGUUCCCGGGAGGAGCAGCCGCGGAGGAGGGAGCGAGCCGGCGAGGCGGCCCGGGGGAGCGCGCGCGUGCGGCGGCUGCCGGAGCCGCCUGUGCACGGGCGGCGGCGAGGGUAGCGGUCGCCUGGGCGGCGGGAGCAAGGGUUGGCUCGGCGUCCGCAUCCGCCGAGUGUGAUGAAGCUGCCUGGCUUCCCUGCUCCGCUCGCUGCCAGCUGACAGCUCCUGCACCCAGCCCGCCCGGGAGGGGAGACGCCGCGGGGCCGUGACCUUGGCCGAGAAGGGCAGUCUGGUAAUUCCUGUAUCUGAGCGCCAACUGCGUUUUGGGUGACAUGGCCCAGGGGAAUAAUUAUGGGCAGACCAGCAACGGGGUGGCAGAUGAAUCACCAAACAUGCUGGUGUACAGAAAGAUGGAAGAUGUCAUCGCACGCAUGCAAGAUGAAAAAAAUGGAAUUCCUAUCCGCACUGUCAAAAGCUUUCUGUCUAAGAUUCCUAGCGUUUUCUCUGGGUCAGACAUUGUUCAAUGGUUAAUAAAGAACUUAACUAUAGAAGAUCCAGUGGAGGCGCUUCAUUUGGGAACAUUAAUGGCUGCCCACGGCUACUUCUUCCCCAUCUCAGAUCAUGUCCUCACACUUAAGGAUGAUGGUACCUUCUACCGGUUUCAAACACCCUACUUUUGGCCAUCAAAUUGUUGGGAGCCAGAAAACACAGACUAUGCUGUUUAUCUCUGCAAGAGGACAAUGCAAAACAAGGCAAGAUUGGAACUAGCAGAUUAUGAAGCUGAGAGCUUGGCCAGGCUGCAGAGAGCCUUUGCCCGGAAGUGGGAGUUCAUUUUUAUGCAAGCAGAAGCCCAAGCAAAAGUGGACAAGAAGAGGGACAAAAUUGAAAGGAAGAUCCUCGAUAGCCAAGAGAGAGCAUUCUGGGAUGUACACAGACCUGUGCCUGGUUGUGUAAAUACUACUGAAGUGGACAUUAAGAAAUCAUCCAGGAUGAGAAACCCCCACAAAACGCGGAAGUCUGUCUAUGGUUUACAAAAUGAUAUUAGAAGUCACAGUCCAACCCACACACCCACCGCAGAAACAAAACCUCCGACAGAAGAUGAGCUGCACCAACAGAUAAAAUAUUGGCAAAUACAGUUAGAUAGACACCGGUUAAAAAUGUCAAAAGUUGCUGAUAGUCUACUCAGUUAUACGGAACAGUAUGUAGAAUAUGAUCCAUUUCUUGUUCCACCUGACCCUUCGAAUCCGUGGCUGUCAGAUGACACUACUUUUUGGGAACUUGAGGCAAGCAAAGAGCCAAGCCAACAGAGGGUAAAGAGAUGGGGCUAUGGAAUGGAUGAGGCAUUGAAAGACUCAGUUGGGAGAGAGCAAUUCCUGAAAUUUCUAGAGUCAGAAUUCAGUUCAGAAAACUUGAGAUUCUGGCUAGCGGUGGAGGAUCUCAAGAAAAGGCCCAUUCGAGAAGUGCCCUCUCGAGUUCAGGAAAUAUGGCAGGAAUUUCUGGCUCCUGGAGCCCCCAGUGCCAUUAACUUGGAUUCUAAGAGUUAUGACAAGACAACACAGAAUGUGAAGGAACCUGGACGGUACACAUUUGAAGAUGCUCAGGAGCACAUUUACAAACUGAUGAAAAGUGACUCCUAUCCACGUUUUAUAAGAUCCAGUGCCUAUCAGGAGCUCCUACAGGCAAAGAAAAAGGGCAGAAACAUCCCUAUUUUCCCAUGCCAUAAAAACUGUACACCAACACUGAGGGCCAGCACUAACCUGUUAUGAAAAGAGGGGAAAUCUCUGACAUCCAAGAGGUUAACAAGUCUUGUUCAGUCUUACUAAAUGGAUAACCUUGUAGCAUGGAAGGAGACUGAUGUCAUCAACCAUACUUUGUAGCUCAUUCUUGUUACCUGGAGCAGAGGAUGUUAGACCAAGAUGUUGCAUGAAGGAAGGAGCUAAUUGUUCCCUUUUGUGUGCACAUGACAACGGCAUUCCAUCUCCAAGGAACUGCGCCAUCUCCAUUUCCCACUGUUGUCUGCUUUCUUCUGCCUUCUACUAAGCUGGACUUGGGUCUUUUCCUUUUUAAUAAGUUCAAGUGAAAUAAAACUUUUAUUUCUCCUUUUCUCUAUUUCUCUUAAAGCUUCUGCUAAGACACACAGUUCAUUGAAAAUUCAGUCACAAACUGGAAGAAUUGUUAAAGAAAAACAAGUAUAUUAUCAAUAAGUAUACACAAUGGCUUCACAUGUAUUAAACAAUAAAUUAGCACAGAAAGGUUCAUUUCACCUAUGUAUUUAGUCUAAAGCCAGUCGUGUCUCUCUUGUCUAUGUUCUUAGUUAAUGUUUCUUGCAUUUAUUUUUAUACCAUAUUUAAAUAUGAAACAACCUUUACUCCAAAUGUAUUAAAGUUGACCCCUUCUCUGUAAAUUUGUGUAUGUUUAUAUUGUUUUAUCUUUCAUUAAAAGAUGCAGAAUCUCA